ACGGUUGUGAUGCCAUCGGAAACCCACGUAUAGCCGUCUGACUCAAACCGAAGUCACAGUGGGUGAAAACUUUGAAAAACUCACCGAGAUGGAAGCCGCUGUGAAGUUUCUACAGUCCCAAACUACGGUGCUCCUGGAACGAGUGGACGACCUCGAGAACCGGUCCCGCCGGAGAUAGAGAGAACUCACCGCUCCCUCGGUCCCAGACCGCUGGAUGCUGGCGCCGGAAAACCGCGGACCUUCAUCAAUAAAUUCCUCCGUUUCCAGGAGAAAAAAAAAGUCCUCAGAUGGGCCAGACAACAUAAACUGGAUUACUGCGGCACCGAGUUGAGUUUACCCGGACAUCAGCCCUGCUUUGGCCAAGAAACGAGCUGCUUUCAACCCCGUCAAAAAUAUGCUCUACCUGAAAGGAAUAAAGUUCCGCUUGCUGCAUCCCGCCCGUCUCCAGGUCUGCUUCAGAAAUGAAAACUUGUACUUUGAUUCUCCACAAAAAGCCCAGGACUUCUAUGACGAAAGCAUCGCUCCCUCAGUGACUCACUCGCUCCAGUAUUUCCACACUGCGUCCUCUCAAAUUACAAACUUCCCAGAUUAUGUGGUCGUGGCUUAUAUUGAUGACAUUGAGAUCGGUCACUAUGACAGCAACACAAGGAAAGCAGAAGCCAAACAAGAAUGGAUGAAGAAAUUUGCAACGGUGGAUCCAGAGCACUUUUUGUGGCAGACAAAUUUAGGUAUUCGCAGUGAAGUGAAGGACAAAGAGGACUUGGAAAGUUUACAGAAGCGCUUCAACCACACUGAAGGUCUUCACAUUUACCAGAGGAUGAAAGGCUGUGAAUGGAAUGAUGAAACUGAUGAAAUCAAGAGUUGGAGACAGUCCAGUUAUGAUGGAGAAGAUUUUUUAGCAUUAGAUACCAAGACAUGGACAUGGACUGCAGCAAAACCACAAGCCUUCCCCAUGAAACACACGUUGGACCAUGAUCAAGCUUUUAUGACAUACUUCAAGUUUUACCACACUGAGAUCUGCGUUCAAAACUUGAAAAAGUAUGUGAACUUUGGUAGAGACGUACUAAUGAGAACAGACCUUCCAAAGGUGUUUCUCCUCCAGAAGACGCCGUCCUCUCCGGUCAGCUGCUUCGCGACAGGUUUCUACCCCAGCAGUGCAACACUGUUUUGGAGGAAAGACGGCAAGGAUCUCCACGAGAACGUGGUGCACGGAGAAGUCCUACCAAACCCCGAUGGAACCUUCCAGAUGACAGUGGAUCUGAAUGUGGAGGUGACGGCCGAAGUGGAGGGCAAGUACGAAUGUGUGUUUCAGCUGUCUGGUGUCAAAGAGGACCUGGUCACCAAGCUGGAGAGAAGAAGCAUCCUGAGCAACGCAAGCGAUGAAGACAACGUGAAAGUCACCGUCGGCGCCACGUUGGCGGUCGCUGCAGUGAUCCUCGCUAUCAUUGUCAUUGUCAUAGUCGCCAUACGUCACAAAAAUAAAAAAGCCAACUAUGUUCCACCUGCUGGUGACGAUGGUACCUAGUGCUCAGAGAACUCUACGGAUGAAAGCAGUCGGAACACAGAUCUUUUGUGCACUGGGACAGAUAGCGACUACUGAGGAGCGUGGUCACACUUGAAGACGAGAAGGACAUGUGUUUUGCUCAUCAUCAAACUGCUCCUCGUGUUUAACAGUCUCUUGUUUUUUUAAGUUUAUGUCUUAGAAAUCAAGUUACGAUCAAAUGUUUUUGCCCCCUAUGGUGGGAUCACUUGCACUGUAACAGUAGUAUACUUGUAAUUAUGCAUUUUCAUUUUCGUACACUUCUAAUUCUUUGGCCAAACAUUAUGCACCUCCCAAACAAUCAUAUGAAGACGUGUUGGUGGGAUUGAGGAGGUCUUCGAAGUAUUCCUUCCACCUAUCCACAACAUCCGCAGUUAAGGUCAGCAGAACACCAUCCGCACCAUACACGGUGUUGACAGUGCACUGCUUCCCCUUCCUGAGGCGGCGGAUGGUGGUCCAGAAUUGCUUCGAAGCCAUCUGGAAGUCAUUUUCCAAGGCUUCCCCAAACUCUUCCCAUGUCCGAGUUUGUCCGGUGAGGUGGGCGGGGGUGUAAAAUAUAUUCAGGAAGUGUCAUGAAUACAAAGGCUUAUGGGUAUUUGUUCUGUUGCGUUUAUGUUGUGUUACUGUGAGGAUGUUCUCUCGAAAUGUGUUUGUCAAUCUUGUAUUGUGUGGCUUCACAGUGUGGCGCAUAUUAGUAAGUGUUAAAGUUGUUUAUAUCACAACCAUCAGUGUACUCUGUAUCACCCAGUAUGCCUUUCAAUCUUGUAGUGUAUUUGUGGAAGCUCCACACGACAUAUUGCUGGACCAACAAUCGAUUCGUUCAUGUUGUCAAAAGGUGCCAAAGGUAAUGGUUACACAGCAUGACCAUAUUAUUGUCAUCAGGAUGAACGCUAUUGGAUAGUCGCGUGAACGUAAGCGGCUCCAAUUGCCUUCAUUACUCUGUGAAACAGGUUCUACAUGGCUCUGUGGGUGGUAAAGGUGCCCAACCUCUGAUAUAUUUCAGCGGGCGGUUACGGUCCUGAUAAAAAGUUGGUUCGGGUGGACGGCAGGUGGAUGACGACUUUGGUGAUGCGGAUGCGGAUGAUAUAAUUGCCUAUCCGCGCAUCUCUGACGUAGAUCAUUUGAUAAAGUGACUGUUUCAAUGUUGCAGUUUUUGAACACACCACUAGGGUGUGCCCAAUAGGAAAUCCGUUAUUACCACUCUCUCAUGCAGUGUUAUGUACAAUUGCUGUCCGCCUGAACUAUUAAUAAAAGCCAAGUUAUUCAUGCAGGUAACUACAAAAAACAACAGCUAUUAAUGCUAAAAAGCCUAUGAUGUGUUAUAUGUAGCCUAAACCGAGUGUUUGUUUGCAACAAUGUUUCUGCUUGACGAUAUAAUUCGCCAGCUCAACUUUCGCCCUGUUAAUACUUCUUGUUACACAGCAGUUACCCUAUCCUACAACUAGGGGGCAACACAGACCAUGUUUAAAGCACUGUCUAAAUCAGUGGUUCUCAACCUUUUUUUCAGUGAUGUACCCCCUGUGAACAUUUUUUUAAUUCAAGUACCCCCUAAUCAGAGCAAAGCAUUUUUGGUUGAAAAAAAGAGAUAACGAAGUAAAAUACAGCACUAUGUCAUCAGUUUCGGAUUUUUUAAAUUGUAUAGCAGUGCAAGAUAUUGUUCAUUUGUAGUGGUCUUUCUUGAACUAUUUGGAAAAAAAGAUAUCAAAAUAACUAAAAACUUGUUGAAAAAUAAAAAAAGUGAUUCAAUUAUGAAUAAAGAUUUUCACGCAUAGAAGUAAUCAUCAACUUAAAGUGCCCUCUUUGGGGAUUGUAACAGAGAUCCACCUGGAUUCAUGAACUUAAUUCUAAACAUUUAUUCACAACAAAAGAAAUCUUCAACAUCAAAAUUCAUGGAACAUGUCCACAAAAAAAUCUAGCUGUCAACACUGAAUAUUGCAUUGUUGCAUUUCUUUUCACAGUUUAUGAACUUACAUUCAUAUUUUGUUGAAGUAUUAUUUAAUAAAUAUAUUUAUAAAGGA